AAACUGCAUUCUGAAGUGGUUAUUUUUUCAGACUGCGUCUAUGUGUUAAAGUUUUGUCACCUCUCUUUCUGAGUCAAAAUUUACGUGUUGGAUUGGUUAUAGCUGAAAAGAUUUGAAAAAUUACGAGUAGAUUGCUUGCCGAAGCGUUUAUUGUACUAGCUUAGACGGUCGAUAACCAGAAAAGAAAGGCAAAAUGCCCGCCGGAAAAUCAAUGAAUGUCAAAGUGAGCUCCAUGGAGUCGGAAAUGGAGUUCUCGAUCACCCUAGCUACCACAGGGAAACAGCUAUUCGAACAAGUAAUCAAGACUAUUGGUCUUCGAGAGCUUUGGUAUUUCGGUCUUAGCUUCAUAGACAAUACGGGCCAAGAGACGUGGCUGAAACUGAACAAGAAAGUGAAAGACCAAGACCUCCCGAAAGACCUUGAUAAGUUGGAAUUCAACUUCAGAGCCAAAUUUUACCCUGAAGACGCAACGGACGAGCUGAUACAAGACAUCACAGUGCAUCUCUUCUUUCUUCAGGUCAAAGAGGCCAUUCUAAAUGACAGCAUUUACUGCCCACCUGAGGCAGCUGUUUUGUUGGCGUCAUACGCAAUGCAGGCCAAAUUCGGAAACCACCAAGAGAAACACGUUGGCGACAUAGAAAAAGACAUCGAGCACGGGAAGGUGUUGCCGAAAAGAGUGAAGGAACUUCAUCCUAAUUUUUCUUCGGAGGAUUGGGCCAAGAAAAUCAGUGAAUGGCACGCUGAACACAAAGGAAUGAUUAGAGAAGACGCGAUGAAAGAAUAUUUGAAAAUUGCUCAAGACUUGGACAUGUACGGAGUUAGUUACUUUUCCAUCAAAAACAAAAAGGGCACUGAUCUUCUACUGGGAGUGGAUGCCCUAGGAAUAAAUGUGUACGAAAAGGACAACAAACUCACGCCCAGAAUCGGGUUCCCAUGGUCCGAAAUCAGCAACAUCUCAUUCAGUGGCAGAAAUUUCACAAUCAAACCCUUGGACAAAAAGGCCCCUGAUUUUGUACUGAGAGUUGACAAACCGAAAACUAAUAAAAUUAUUCUGGCUAUCUGCAUGGGAAACCACGAGCUGUAUUUGAGGAGGCGAAAGCCGGAUACGAUCGAAGUGCAGCAAAUGAAGUCAGAGGCGAGAGCAUUAACCGAAAAACGACAGGCCGACAGGGAACGUCAGGAAAGGGAAAGGAGGCAGUUGGAAAUAGCCGAGCAAAGGGCACGAGAGUUGGAAGAGAAGUUGCAACAAGCGGAAAUUGAGAAACAGAAGCGUGAACAAGAACUGAAGGAAAGCCAAGAAGAGAAUUCGAAAUUGAGAAGUCAGCUCGGAAGUGUUCAGGCGGAUAUUGAGAACAUGGAAAGGGAGAGAGCGGAGUUGUUGGAGGAGAAAGAGAACUUAGCCCAGAAGGUCUCGGAGGGAGAAAUGACGAAAGAGGAAUAUAACAGGAGGAUGAUCGAGAUUCAAGAGGAGUACAAACAUGUGCAGGAGAGAUUGGACAACAAGGAGCAAGAGGCAGAAACGCUAAAGGAGAGCCUCACGCUCACGAAACAAGAAAAGGAAGCCGAGCUCAUCAAAUACCAGGAGGAGAUGGAAAGGAAGCUAAUGGAGGAAGAGGAAAGGAAACUAGCUUUAGAACAGCAGGCGUCCCAGUUUGCGGACGAGAACAGGAAGCUGCAGGUGCAAGCGCAACUGGCAGAACAGCUGAGGAAGCAACAGCUGGAAGACGCUCAGGCCAACCAGCAACAGUUUAACUACUCAAGGCCAACGUCAACUGUCAGCAACUCAGGUGAUGCAAACAACCAUCAUCAGGCGGAGGACCACAUUGAGGAUGAGAACGAAGUGGCAACUUUUUCUUCGGAGGGAGUGAGCAACAUGGACUCAGAGCUCAACAGGGUUACCGCUGUCGCACAAGACAAGAGUCUGAACACUAAGCUGAAGGAACUGUCGAAUGACCUGAACUCAGUGCGGGAACAGAAGCAGUUGUCUGACAACGACAAGAUCCACCAGGACAACGUGAAGAAAGGACGGGACAAGUAUAAGACACUCAACCUCAUCCGAAAGGGAAACACGAAGAGCAGAGUGAACGAAUUCGAGGCCAUGUGAAUCAGCAUCAGGAAGCAGCAUCAUAACCAUAAUGAAAAAAAAAACAUGUGAACAACACGUGAAAAACAGAACAAAUUACAAGACAUACACUUGAUGAUAUUAAUAAUAACCUAAUCUUAUACAGAUAAAAGGAUAUUGACUAAUGACUAAAGCAAAAUUACGAUAGAAACACACAAAACAUGAAGAUAAUUGUUAGAUUUUUCCCUGUAACCUGGUGAUGCUAAAUCUCGAGGUUCGAUUGAUACUUGACAAAUUUUUUGUUACAAUGGGCGGCCAAGUUUUGAUCAAGGCUUUUAAAUUUCACCUAUGCGUUUUUUGAGGAGGGAAAAAUCGUGAAAAAAUAUGUUUCUAUCGUUCAAAACACGACGUGUUAUCAUAUACCGUUUGGUUUGUCGUGAGUGUUUUUUGUGCGAUUCCGAUUUGAUUUGAUAGUCUAACACGAACUAACUAAUUUCUUCUUUUGCGCUGUGAUUAAUUAUUCGAUCCUAUCUAUUCUCUUCGCUUUUGUUACUAUAUCUCCUUGGAAAGUCUUAUUGUGAUAAAGGUUUUCGUGAAAUCAACAUUUGGAAAAUUUGAAUAAUAUCUAUUUCUACUUUCUUGAAUCAAACUUUUCUUUGUCAGAAGAAAUUCUUUUUUUAGCUGAAAUUCUGAAACCUGUUGUAUCAUGUCAGGAAGUGGAAUAAUUGCGUGUGUGAAAUUUGAACAUCUCACAACAAGUAAUUGUAUUAUCUAUCAAUCGAUGCCUGUGCUAUCAGUUGUUUAAAACAGACCCAUUUUGGCGCUCUUUGAAUACAAUGGUCCUACAUGAGCAACCAAAACUCCAUCCAUGUGAUCGACUCAUCUUAAUUGAAAUCAUUAGUUGUUCAUUUUAGCCUCAAAACAAGAAGGCGAAAUAUGAUUGACGCGACAAUUCAAACUUAAAUAUACAAUUUUUUGUAAUGCGUUCGCUCCGUGCAGAAAAAAUAUUCCAAAACAGAAGUAUUCGAAAAACAUACUGAAAUUUUGGUUCGAGAAAGAACUGCUUUUUGGAACUUAAAUAAAACUUAACAUCGAUCUUCAACUACUUGUUAAAUCUUUAAUUGAAUUUUGUCGCGUCAAGUAUGCCUGGUUUGGCCUUAAAACCAAAAUGACCUUAAUAACAUCUGACCUCGAUCACCAAACCAUACGAUUUACCACACCUACUAUACAAAAGAACCCAUUAAAUAUCCGAAUAAAUUAUUUGCUACUUUACAUGUAAUGAGUGGGUGGUCUUUGCUAGAAAACAUAGUUGAUUGAAUUAAAUUUUACAUGCGAUUUGAAUGGCCUUAGUGUAAAACGAAAGAUGGUAAAUGUUGGUGACGCUUCAGUUAAUCAUAGUAGCUUCUCUACUCGUCUAUUUUUGUCUCAGAAUUUCUAUCUUUUUGAUACUAUUUCCAAUGCCGCUAUUUCCACUCUU